GGCGGGCAGCCUGAGAGCCGCAUCCCUGCAGCCGGGUCUUCAAAAAAUUUCCUUUGCUGAAGGAAUCACUCUACAAAGAGUUCAUCUUAUGAUGUCCAGUACUGUAUCCUCCAGGAUUUUAAGUUCUGCAAGAAACAGUAUCAUUGUUUUGCAAGGAAAAGGACGUUUGUACUCAAGAUGUAUCACAAACAGAAACAAGAUGAAAUGGAAGUGUGGGUUUGCCAAAGGGCCUCUUUCCCCUUUUGUGCUGAGCUGGAGCAUCGACAAUGUCUUCACCUUAAAAAAAGCAUUCAGACAUACUUCAACUGAAGAAGAAGACUUCAGUCUUCAGUUGACAUCAUCACAAAUAAAUGAUAUACUAAGAGCAGAUGAAUUUUCUCAUAAAAUUCAUGACUUUGAUGGCAAAAACACAAAUUCUGUGCUGAAAUUUGAGAGUAACCAGCUGGCUGCCAACACACCUAAUGAAGAUCGUAGAAGUGCAGCCACAUGCUUACAGACCAAAGGGAUGAUGUUUGGGGUCUUUGAUGGUCAUGCAGGUUCUGCAUGUGCUCAGUCGGUAAGUCAGAGACUGUUGUAUUAUAUAGCUGUCUCUCUCAUGUCUCAACAAACGCUGGAAGAGAUUGAGUUUGCCAUGGAACACAUGAAACCAGUUCUGCCAAUUCUGCAGUGGUACAAGCAUCCAAAUGACAUGUACCGAGAAGCAGCCUCACUGUACUUGGAUCACCUCAGAGUUUAUUGGCAGGAACUAUUGAACCUAGAUGUAGAACUCGGAUUCAGUGUAGAAGAAGCCUUGAUAUAUGCAUUCAAAAGGUUAGAUUCAGAUAUAUCACUGGAAGCUCAGGCUCCCCUAGAAAAUGAAAUGACGAGAAACACUGCCCUUCAAGUGGCUUUUUCUGGUGCAACAGCCUGUGUGGCUCACAUUGACAAUGUUCACUUACACAUUGCAAAUGCUGGGGAUUGCAGGGCAAUCCUAGGGGUUCAAGAAGAAGAUGGAAUGUGGUCUGCACUCUCUCUUACUCGAGACCACAAUGCUUUCAAUGAAGCAGAAAUCAGAAGGUUAAAGGGAGAACAUCCUAAAUCUGAGGAGGAAACUGUAAUCGUAAACAACAGGCUGCUGGGGAUUCUCAUGCCCUCUAGAGCUUUCGGAGAUGUCAGAUUCAAAUGGAGUAAAGAACUGCAACACAAUAUUCUGGAGAAUGAUUGUGAUGUUGAGGCUUUAAAUAUUUAUCAGUAUGCUCCUCCCAAUUACUAUACGCCUCCCUAUUUAAUUGCAGAGCCUGAAGUCACCUACCAUAAACUAAGAUGUCAAGAUAAAUUUCUAGUUAUUGCUUCAGAUGGACUGUGGGACAUGCUGAACAAUGAGGAUGUCAUAAAACUUGUUGCAGAACACCUAGCACAAGCUAAUGUGCAGAAACCAAGGAUGACUUUUCAGAAACCAGUCAGCUUGGGUUACAUGCAAAGUCUGCUGCAUCAUAGAAAAGCCAGGGGUGUUGGCUCAUAUGACCAGAAUAUAGCCACUCACCUACUAAGGCACGCAAUUGGAGAUAAUGAAUAUGGAGAGAUAGACCAAGAGAGACUUGCUGCAAUGUUGACUUUACCUGAAGAUCUAGCAAGGAUGUAUAGAGAUGACAUCACUGUUACUGUGGUAUAUUUUAAUUCAGAUACAAUUGACAGCUACUAUAAAGAAAAUGAAUAG